AUGGAUCGUACAUCCUUAGCAUUCCAAGCAUACGCUCCAUCAACCCAACCAUGGGGCAACAGUACUUCUUGUACUCUUUCUCAACUGGCCUGUGACUUCUUUUACUCGGGUUCAAAGUUUAUCAUUUAUGUCUGGCUCAUUGAAAAAGUGUGGAUUGUGUCAGGAAAUAGUAUAGAAAGAUGGAGGUCUCCAACCUACAUAUUUCAUAUGUGUUUACUACUUCCGUAUGUCGCAAUUUUUACUCUCAUGGUGUAUUUCAAGAUCGCUUCUUUGGAUGAAACUGGUGCAUGCUUAAUUGGCCUACAAAUAAUUGCUAGUGUUCCUCUCCUGAUCUACGACUUUAUUCUUUCUACUUUCAUGGGAUUCCUUUUUAUUAAACCUCUCUUCAUCGCCGGAAAAAACGCACACGAUGACUGGCGAAACUCGCGAUUACACGGUGUUGCCGUACGGUCUUUUGUUGCUACACUUGUUGGUUUACUGGUUUCGUUUGCAAAUAUUCUUGCACUUGUAUUAUUUCCUUACGGAGUACGCGAUGUAAUCUGUUUUACCAGCUGCACAAUUGAUGUUACAAUUAAUGUCAUAACAAUUCACUGGGUUACCGCUUACUCUGGAAAACCACCUACGCCUAAGAAACCCGACGAAGCGCCUGUUUGUAAUGGGCCUGGAGAUACUCACGGAACUACUUUAACUAGUGAACUCAUUCGGACUCAAAACAGCACUACAUUACACGGCUUAUCUGAACUAGGAGUGACUAGUCAUGGAGAUGAAGAGUACGCGCUUUCGCACAUUCCUGUAGGAAUUGUCGCUGAUUCUAAUGAACAACAGCUCAGGGCCUCCUAUAUUCCAAAAAAGUCGACUCUCCCUCGUAAUCAGAUGGAUAAUGCCAGCUUUGAUAGCUAUAAUUAUUCUACACAUGAAACCAUCAAUAGUUUUACCAGUCUCAAAGAUCAUUCUACUGUUACAAAACUCCACCAAACACAAGUCGAGCAAACCACAUUUGAUAUUGAAAUUACUUGA